AUCACUAUAUCAAUUAUACCACACAAGAGUUGUGGAAGGCUGAGUUACGAGAGCUACAAGUCUCUAUUCUGAAUAGAACUACAUGCCUAUUCUUUUUAAUUCCUGUUUUUUUCAGUUGGCCCUGUUUGCUUUACCAAAGAGCUGUCCAUCUUUUAAUCUGUUACUCUAUUUUGAAGAACAGAGGGAAAUGUGUUUGUUAAAGCUGUCUCAAGAGUGAAUUUAUCACUGAAUAUUCUUUUGUACUGUUUAGAUUUACUACCAUGGGCAAAUUUUUUUUUUUUCAUUAAAGACAGGGGAAAGACAAGUUUGUGUGUGUGUUUAGUGUUAAAAGAUUUGAAGUGGUGACUUACAGACAGUCUUCUACCUAAUGUGCAUGAGGUUUUAGAGCACAGAUUUAGUUAUUUGUCAAUUAGAUUCAUCUACUGUUUUAUUUAGUAUUAUUAUUUUGCCUUCUGAUUGUCAACUAUGCUUCUAAUAGCUCAAAGUUGUUGUUAACUACAACAAAAAGUAGUUCUUCUACUUUUGGUCCCUAGCCAUUAAGCUAAUUAAAAAUACAAAUAUAAAUAAAAACAUUCUAGGAGCCAAUUUUAACUACUUUUAGUUAAGGUUUAAAAAAAGAAGUGAGUGAAUGUGGGCAGAAGGGUUAGUGCUGACACAGAAUUAUAUAAUAAUAAUGGUCAGUACAUUUGUAAUAUACUCAAUGAAUAUUUUAAAAACCUUAUCUGUAAACACAACUUGAUGAAGGUUUACUUCAUACACGUCUUUUCAUUAAAUACAGUGGUGCUCUUUCCAAUCUGACAUUGCUCAUUUGCAGACACCCCCUGCCUGCAUGAGCACAGAAGCCAAACUGGCUCAGAAUGAGCUCUAUUUAUUUUAAGGUAGUCCCAUAUUCCUGAAGAGAAAUUCUGGCACAUUAAAAUUUAUCUGAUUGUUCUUGAGGAUUGUUUUGUCUUCACCCAAAAUUAUUAGUAAACAUUUUUUUCUAAAAUAUUGAAGUCUAAGUUAAAAUAAAGCAGCAAAUAUUGAAUAAAAUCUGAAGUGCUCAGUAGAACUGAACAAAAUAUUUUCUGGUAACUUUCACACAAGCUAAGGAACAUAAAUUUGAAACUGCAUAAAUGCUAUUGCCAACAGAGAAGUAAUUAAAUAACUUAAAAAUACGAGUGACCUACAAUGAUCUUUUAUUUAUUUCUGUGUAGCAUAUGGGAUCUUUAGUUCCCCAACCAGGGAUCGAAUCUGCAUUCCCUGCACUGGAAGCAUGGACUCUUAACCACUGGACCAACAGGCAAGUCUCCUAUUACAUAAUCUUUUAAAGGGAAGCUUUGAAGCAAUGAAAAAGUCUCUUCUCAAACUUAUAUAUGCAUGUAGAAUUCAAACCUUCCUGUGUUCUUCUAUAUAAGGUUGUAAUCAGAGCAAAUUAAUUAUGUUCCACAACAAAGCCAUGAACGCUGCAUAAGAAACAUGUUUCACUGGUAGAAAUUAAAACUCUGGAAAUCACUUUAAGGCUCACUGGGCAGAAUCUCCACAGAAUUAAAGCUCCAGUAUCUCUAGACUGUAUCUUAUUUUUUCUCAAUUAGGAAAAACAGCCUAGGGUUAAUUGAAAACAAAACUAUCUUAAGCUAUAAUGACAUAGUUAUCACAGUCCCCCAAAUUAAAGACAGCUCUUAAGAAUAUAACUCGAAUAAGGAUCAUGAAUUGGUUCAACAUACUUAACUGGUGGUUUUAUGAAUUAUAAUGAAUGCUGCUACUCUCUAAAAAUGAAUGUAUCGAAGAUGAAACAACCUCCUUGGCACGCUUACAGCUACACAACAGAUUUGUAUGAUUGCAAGCACCAGUGCUAGAGGCUCAGAAUAAGUCAACGGGAGGAGUACUCCCACCACAGCAGCAAGCAGGUCUCCUGAGUAGAUCAGAUGACAUGCUUAGGAGAGUAACCCGCAAAUAAGAGGUAAGUACCCAAUAGAUAGUUAAUCUAAAGCCUUUUUCUUUUCCUUCUUCAAAAACUCUGCUACCAUAAUUUUUUAUUUCUAUUCAGUGCUUUAAAAACCAAAACGAAAAAUUUAGAAAUGUUAAAGGGAAGAUUUUAAUGUGGGAUUUGUAAGGCUUUAUGAAAAAAUGAUUUAAUCUUCCUCCUUGCCUCAGAAACUGGGAAGGUUAAGAAAAAAAGAAAUUACUACUUAAAAAAAUAACUGGUUCAAACUUGACAUAAAGUGAUAAAUUCAGAAAAUAUCUGUGCAGAAACAUGCUUUCUUUGAAAGAUGAAACAUGUAAAAACAAUUAUUUGGAUCCUACGAAUACUUUCUCCUCUUCUUUCAAACGAUAAAGGAGUUCUAGAAACCCCAGUUUUUUAGAAUGAGUUACAAAAAUGUUUCAUAAAAAAUGGCAUUUAUAUGAGUAUUAAAAUAAACUUGAUCAGACCAAAUCUAAUUACAAAUAAGGAUUCCUAUGCUGGUAAAUCACAGCAGGGCAGGGGGGUCGGGUGGGGGGCUUGGAGUGUUUCUAGGUAGAAGGCCAGUGUGUAUGAAAAGUUCUGUUUGGUGUUUGGAUGUUUCUCAUCUUCUACACAUAUUCUAAAGUAAAGGUAAAAUGACAAUUAGGGGUCAGGAAACACCUAGGUUUUCAUUACACCACUGAAAAAAUUAAUGUAUCUCCCACUUCAAUAAUUGGAACAUAUCAGGCAUAUAUAUGAUUCUAAGAACUGGCUGUAUUGUCACAAAUGCACAAGAGACCUAUCGAGAAGGGAGGGGCUGCUAAUAAAUUCAACUGCUUUUUUAAACUGGGUUUUAUUAAGAAAUAAAGAAAAUAAUGCAAUUGAUAUAUUUUAUAUCUAGGGAGAACUCUCUGGCAUUCAAAUUCAAACUCGACUCCACCACAACAAGAAAAAAAAAAAAAGAGGGAGAAAGAGAAACCAAAAAAUAGUCUGUUUUUUUCCCACAGCUAUCAGUUUCUUUCACUAAGCCUUCGGAAACCUGAGCCUCUGCAGAACACUAACCACUCGGGCCUUACCUACAGACAUGGACAGAUGUACGUACACUUUCAUUUUAUAGAGUUUGAAAUUCUCUUUCUAAGGAAGGAGUCAACUUUGGCCUUGAGUGUUUGGCAUGGGUACAAAGCCUUAAAAAAGCAGAUGACUGGUCAAGCUACUGACCAUGCUGAUCACUGUCCGGAAUCAGAUCAAAUCAAAGAAAAACAGAGAAUGGCUUUCUCUUUUAGAAUAUUCGAGCAACGCACAAGUCCUGAGCAUGUUUUGCAGAGCUCAUUUGACCACUUAAUCUCUUCUAACUGGUCUGGAUUACAGACAGAAUCGAUAACAGAGAAAAUGAAACAGACUGGUGAGGAACAGGGAAAUAAGCCACGAUGGGCAGCUCUUCUGAUACUCAUGGUGAUAAUACCCACAAUUGGUGGUAACAUCCUUGUUAUUCUGGCUGUUUCACUGGAGAAAAAGUUGCAGUAUGCUACCAAUUAUUUCCUAAUGUCCCUGGCAGUGGCCGACUUGCUGGUUGGAUUGUUUGUGAUGCCGAUUGCCCUCUUAACAAUAAUGUUUGAGGCUAUGUGGCCCCUCCCACUUGUUCUAUGCCCCGCCUGGUUAUUUCUUGAUGUUCUUUUUUCUACUGCAUCCAUCCUGCAUCUCUGCGCCAUUUCAGUGGAUCGUUACAUAGCCAUCAAAAAGCCAAUCCAGGCCAAUCAAUAUAACUCACGAGCUACAGCAUUCAUCAAGAUUAUAGUGGUGUGGUUAAUUUCAAUAGGCAUUGCCCUUCCAGUUCCUAUUAAAGGGAUAGAAACUGAUGUAGCUAACCCACACAACAUCACCUGUGGGCUGACAAAGGAUCGUUUUGGCAGUUUCAUGCUCUUUGGCUCACUGGCUUCCUUCUUCACACCUCUGACCAUCAUGAUUGUCACCUAUUUUCUCACUAUCCAUGCUUUACAGAAGAAAGCUUACUUGGUCAAAAACAAGCCACCUCAACGCCUAACGUGGUUGACUGUGUCCACAGUUUUCCAAAGGGAUGAAACACCUUGCUCAUCACCAGAAAAAGUGGCAAUGCUGGAUGGUUUUCACAAGGACAAAACUCUGCCCAAUGCAAGUGCUGACAUACUUAUGCGAAGAAUAUCCACAGUAGGAAAAAGGUCAGUGCAGACCAUUUCCAAUGAACAGAGAGCCUCAAAAGUUCUCGGGAUUGUAUUUUUCCUCUUUUUACUUAUGUGGUGCCCCUUUUUUAUUACAAAUGUAACUAUAGUUUUAUGUGACUCGUGCAACCAGACGACUCUCAACAUGCUCCUGGAGAUAUUUGUGUGGAUAGGCUAUGUUUCCUCAGGGGUGAAUCCUCUGGUCUACACCCUCUUCAACAAGACAUUUCGGGAUGCAUUUGGCCGGUACCUCACCUGCAAUUACCGAGCCCCCACAUCAGUAAAAACCCUUGGAAAAUGCUCCAGUAAUAUCUACUUCCGGAAUCCAAUGGCAGAGAACUCUAUAUUUUUUAUGAAACAUGGAAUGCAAAAUGGCAUUAAUCCUGCCAUGCACCAGAGCCCAAUGAGGCUCCGAGGUUCAACCAUUCAAUCUUCAUCCAUCAUUUUACUAGAUACACUUCUCCUCACCGAAAAUGAAGGUGACAAAGCUGAAGAGCAAAUCAGUUACGUAUAGCCGUAAUGGCACAAUUUUAAUGUAAUGAUGAGUAAGACGAUGAGGAAAAUAUAAAUAUAGCAAGAAUUAUAUAAAGAACUUUUUAUCAUGUAUCAAAAAUCAUCUCUUUAAAUUAAGAAUUAUGUAUUAAGAUUAUACAAUUUUCUUUAUUUGGGCAAAAUUAUUCUAUUAUUAAUAAAAAAUCAUUUUUGUAUAGUUGAAAAUUAAAACAAUCCAGCACCCUGGUUAAAUGUUAAGAUAGUCAAAUGAAAUAAAAUAAAUAAAUCAAUAAACUUGUUUAGAAAAAAACAAUGUCACCAUACAAAAAAACAAUGUUACGAUAAGAAUUUAUUUAGUUCCUAACUGCAUGCAAAGCUAUGCCAAGAAUGAAAUAAACCAAACAAACAAGCAUUAACCCUGUCUUCAAGGCCUUAAAAGCAUAAGGCAAAACACAGAACAACAGUGAUAAGAGGUCUAAAAAUAAGAGUAUAAAAUAAUGAUCACAGCUGAAGAUAAGCUAAGAUUUCCAUUUACAUUUAGGCUUAGUUAAAUGUGGGCUUCCCUGGUGCUUCCCAUGGUAAACAAUCUGCCUGCAAUGCAGGAGACCCAGGUUCUAUCCGUGGGCCGGGAGGAU